GUAGGUUAAAGCCUCCCAGUGGGAAAACGGAAGAUAUGAGAGACAGCAGAUUGCUGGUUGUGAUACUCACUAGAAGGAAAAACGAAAAAAAGGAGCAUGUGAUUCUAGAGCUACAUCCAGACGAAUGUGGGGUUUGAGAGGGCCUCUUGAGAAUUCCUAAAUGCCUCACUGGUUCUAUACGGACUUCAUUAAAAAGGAAUUGUCUCUUUCUAUUAUUUAGGUGAGUGGAGAUAGAAAAGCGCUGCUAGCACAUGAAUUUCCUGCAGAACCUCCCUUUCCAUCCGCGCCAACAUGCAGAGCAACUACUCCCUGGUUGUCACCACCAGAGAAGCUCUCCAAGUCCUCUAUACAGCACUGACAAAUUCAUCAGCUGCAUUGCGCUUGCCUCCUCCCUGCCCACUUACCUCUUCAGAUUAUCAGUUUUCACUCAUUCCAGCACUCUUUUCUGUGAUUUUUGUUUUGGGGUUAGUUGGCAACAGUGUGGUGGUUGUGGUUCUUUGUCGUCACAGUGGCCCCAAGACAGUUGCUAAUAUCUACAUUUUCAACCUGGCCGUGGCGGAUUUGCUGUGCCUCGCCACCCUUCCCUUCUGGGCUACCUACUACUCACAGAGGUACAACUGGCUCUUUGGGUCUCUCAUGUGCAAAAUCUCCAGUUCUGUCCUGUGCUUGAACAUGUUUGCAAGUAUAUUUUUCAUCACGUGCAUGAGUGUGGACCGGUACCAUGCUAUUGUCCAUCCUAUUCGCUCUCAAAGAAGAACCCCACAACAAGCAUAUUUUAUAGCAUUGAUUGUGUGGGGUCUUGCUUGUUUGUCCUCCCUCCCAACUUUUUAUUUUCGUGACACUCACUACGUUGAAAGCUUGGGGGUCAAUGCUUGCAUUAUGGCCUUUCCCCAUGAGAAUUAUGCAAAAUGGUCUGUGGCAACAGCUUUCUUGAAAAAUGCACUUGGAUUCUUCAUCCCCUUGACAGUGAUCACCACGUGUUACAUCUGGAUCAGGAGGCAUUUGCUCAAAGCACAGGAGUUUGGGAAAAACAAGCAGAAAAGGGAUAAAGUGCUAAAGCUGGUGGCUGCUGUUGUUGUGGCCUUCUUAAUCUCCUGGCUCCUAUUCCACAUAUUAACAUUUUUGGAUGCCUUGGCUCGUAUGAACAUCAUUAACAACUGUGACGUGACUGGGAUCAUUGACGCAACGCUGCCGUUUGGCAUCUGCAUGGCAUUUGCCAACAGCUGCAUCAACCCUUUCCUGUACUGCUUUAUUGGGAACCAGUUCCAGGAGAAGCUCCAUCACUUGUUUAAGCGACGAGUUUAUCAGUUCAACAGCUAUCAAGAGAGCUCUUCUUUGAGGAAAGGGAGCUGCUUCAGAGAUGCUGAGACCCCCUUGGGCAGGGAAAGGAGGCCGGACUUCUUGCUGUAGGCACUGGGGCAUGAUGUGGGGUGAUGUCAGUGUAGCUGGCUGUUCCUGUAGUGGUGAUGCUCUUCUGUGCUAUUCUCUUCAUUUCGUGCCCGUUCACUCACCAGCUGUUUGAAGGAGAAUCUGUU